AUGAGGAACCACACAGAGCUGAGUGAGUUCAUCCUGCUGGGAAUUCCUCAGACUCAGGGGCUGGAGACCCUGCUCUGUGUCCUCUUCUCCUUCAUUUACCUCUUCACCCUGAUCGGCAACUUACUCAUCCUGACUGCAGUUGUCUCUUCCUCUGCCCUUCACACUCCCAUGUACUUCUUCCUGGGAAUUUUAUCUGUUUUUGAUAUGCUGUUCCCAUCUGUGAUCUGUCCGAAGAUGCUGUCCUAUCUGUCUGGCCAGAGCCAUGCCAUUUCUUACAAAGGAUGUGCCACACAGCUCUUCUUCUACCACUUCCUGGGUUGUACUGAGAAUUGUCUCUUGUGUGUGAUGGCCUACGACCGUUUUGUGGCCAUCUGUCACCCCCUGAGGUACACGCUCAUCAUGAGACCUGGAGUCUGUGUGGGUUUGGUGCUGGGAGCUUGCCUGCUGGGCUGUCUUCAUGCCAGCAUCCUGACGGCCUUCACUUUUCAGUUGAGUUACUGUGGCUCCAACCAGGUGGACUACUUCUUCUGUGACAUUCCUGCUGUCCUCCCCCUGGCUUGUGAUGACAGCUCCUUAGCACAGACCAUGGGUUCCACUGAUGUGGGCUUCUUGGCUAUACUGUUUUGGUUUAUUGUUUUUGUCUCCUACGUGCGCAUUGGAGUUGCCAUUUUGAGGAUCCAGUCAGCUGAAGGCCGGAAGAAAGCUUUCUCCACCUGCAGUGCCCAUCUUGCUGCUGUCCUCUGUGCCCUAGGGCCUGUCAUCAUCAUCUACCUGCAGUCCACACCCAACCCCUUGCUUGAUGCUGUGGUGCAGAUAUUAAAUAACAUUGUCUCACCCAUGCUGAAUGCAUUAAUCUAUUCCUUAAGGAAUAGGGAUGUGAAAAAUUCCCUGAAAAAAGUGUUCCAUGAAGUAAUACUUACUUCUCUGGAAUAA